CUGCAAAAGAAGGGAGGAAGUCUCACUGAGUGUUGGCUUCCGGUGUGGGCUAUUGCAAGAGGAAGGGCUGCAUCGUUGGUCGUGGGGGGAGUGGGGGGGUCAGUUUCGUGACUCGUCCGUCCUUAUAAAUCUGGAGCUCGUUCGGGCUGUGGGUCCUCCGCUGUCCCCCACGCCAGGGCUUGACCGCGUUCUCGCGGACCGCCUUGCCAGCCGCGUGCCCUUACUCCCUUUCCCGUGCUGCACCUGCUUCCGGCCCCUUUCCGAUGCGUAGGAUCCCUUCCUGAACGUCUCACCCAUGCUCUUCCAGCUCUGUGAGGAUGGGCGACGAGCAAGAAGAUGUUCAGAUCGGGGAAAACAAAUAUAUCAGCAAGAGCACAUUGUUGUCACACCUGAAGACGUACAAUCUGUACUACGAGGGGCAGAACCUUCAGCUCAGACACAGAGAGGAGGAGGGGGAAUUGAUUGUGGAGGGGUUGCUCAACAUCUAUUGGGGUUUGAGGCGGCCAAUCAGGCUUCAGAUGCAGGAUGACAACGAGCGGAUCAGGCCGCCUCCUUCUUCUACAUCCUGGCACUCAGGUUGCAACCUGGACGCACAGAGCAGUAAGGAUGGCUCCAAGCAGGCGCCCCCUACCAUCGAGGUGACGUCGUGCGAUGACCAGUUGAACAGCCCCACGAUGAAGGAGGAAAAUGCAGGAGAAGAUGAUGACAGUUCCUCCCAGCUGCUGAGGACCAAAAGUGAUGCUGGGGUGUUUAGGAGGGGCAAUCGCCGGUCGCCUAGUGACCAGCGGAAAAUCAGGCGGAACAGAUUUUCUAUCAACGGCCAUUACUACAACCACAAGACGGCUGUCUUCACCCCCGCCUACGGCUCGGUGACCAACGUUCGCAUCAACAGUUGCAUGAAGACACCCCAGGUUCUCCGGGUCCUGCUCAACAAGUUCAAGAUCGAGAACAGUCCCGACGACUUUGCUCUCUAUCUGGUCCACACCAGCGGUGAGCGCGGGAAGUUGAAGAGGUCGGAUCACCCUCUGUCGGUUCGAGUUCUGGAGGGCCCAUGUGAACAGGUCAGCCGGAUCUUCCUCAUGGAGCAGGACCUCGGGGAAGAAGUCACCUACGAUGUGGCACAGUACAUCAAAUUUGAGAUGCCCGUUCUGCAGAGUUUCAUCACCAAGCUGAAAGAGGAAGAGGACAGAGAAGUGCAGAAACUUAGGACCAGGUACAGCACUCUGAGAUGCAUUAUUGAAAAGCAGUUGCAGUGUUUACCCGAGGGCACCACCUGUAUUUGAAUGCCCACAGGACAUAAAAUCCCAUUAUUUCCAGGUUUUAAUUUGCGUUCCCACUUCCCCAGCCUCCCCUAUGUCCAUGUCUGAUGUUACGACCCUUGUAUGUCCAGGGUUGCUAGGAUGUAAGCAAAAACAAUGCACAAGUGCUUCUAAACAAUUAAUUUUGCACAAGCACAAACACAUAAUAUCUUAAUUAUGCUUGUGGUGUUUGAUAACAUAUGACUUCAGGGUGAGUUGACGCCAAAACAACCAACAAAACACGGCUUAGUAGCAAGAGACGCAAAUGAACUAAAGCUAUAUAAAGCUAAAAUAAACAUACAACUCACCUCCCUGACUCCUUGGAGAACUUACAUAAAACAAAAACAAACAUAGAGCUCAUCUUCCCGGCUGGCUCCCUGCAGAAAACCAGGACAACAAAACAAAACAGGCACCACAGGAGAACAAAACAUCAUAUGAACGAAAAGUGACGCAAAACAAAGGGUCAUAGGAAAAUAAACCAAAAUCCAUGAAUCCAAUCCAAAGUCAAAAUCUAAACCAAAAUCUAAGCUGAAAGAAAAGUCGCAAUCUCGAUGUUCCACCCAAAUCAAUGACCAAACCCAGCUCUCUAUCCUCCUAGUCUGUUAUCUUGGGCAACAGCCAGAUCCUUCCUUGAGGGACACAGGACUUCUUUCCAAUGUCUUGAAAGGCCGUUAGCUCGUAAGAUGUGAAAAGUUUGUCCGGUCAAGGCCCCACAACCAGGAGUCCUAACACCGAGGGCUGCAACCCUAUUCCAUCCGAGGGCUGCAACCCUAUUCCAUCCUGACUAUGUCUAUGAACCGCAAUGUGCUCCCAUGCAGCGAUAAGUGAGGAAACCCAUCAUGUUAAAUGCAAGUUCUUUUCCUGUGGACAGUAAAGCAACAAGCUCAUCCAUCUGGAAGACAGCCCUUGGCGUUACAAUAAAUUUUGGAGCUGAUCUGAGCUUGAGCCACUGAACCGGUGGUGCAUUGGGAGUCACUGAACCUAAAGUUUCAUUUAUUCUCCUAUUAAACAUGUUGAAAACUUGCACUUACAGAGACCGUUACUCUGCUGUGGGAAUAAUGUAAUCUUCCUCUGAACUGCUUCCCUACGGCCCAGGAGAUGGAUUUCUCAGUAUUUCACUCACUGUCUUGAAAGAGGGCAGUGAAGCUCCGACUUGCCCUACCUCUCUUAGCAGAAAUCUCCUUACAUUCGAUCUAUUGGCAUCAUGCAUCUGUGUGUUUGUGCGUGAUCAUACCUCCGCUGGAGUAGGAGAUUGUAAAAGCACAAUUCCUAACAUGUUCUCACACCUACCAGCUGUGAUUGGACUCUCCCUGAAGAAGUCUUUCCCUUGAAGAAAGUGACAGAAAGUUAAUGGUACUUCCACAUUCCCUGAAAGGCUGAUGUCAAGUCAUUUCUGGCUGUGUACCUCCUUGUAUUUGAAUAAAUCUGAGCAUAUGUGUGCUUGUCUGUUUGUACAAUGUAGGGAGACUUCCAGAUGGCAUUUUUUGGGGCAAAAGCAGGACUGAAUAUCCAUUUCUCAAAUCAGUUCAUAUUUUGGUAUCUAUUUUAGUUUAACUCAUAAAUAAUACUCUGUAACUGAGUUGUUGGUUAUUGAAACCAUAUUACAGUGUAAUAUCUAGCACUCCAGACAUGUUGAACUGCAUUUAUUUUAGUUGAAUAACAUAAAUCAAACUUUAUAACGGUAAUAGUGAAAUUGUGUUAUUCUGGCUUUAAAAAUUAAAAAUGUGUUAUUUGAACUGGUCAUUUAUUAAUCUAUAUUUGAUUACAGUUGAACAGUGGAGUAAGCAAGGGACUGGUUUCAUCCUUGCGUCUGUUUUCAAUGCCCACUAAUCCAGGAGAAGGUCACACUGAGCCUAUAACCCUGAGCAGGAAGUAGGGGUGCCUUCACCAUUAUGGGCAAGUCAGAGACAAUUCACAGGUAAACAUGGGGAGAACUUGCAAACUGCACAUGCAUGGAACCUGAACUGGGGAUGAAAACUACAGCCCUGGAAGUGUGUGGCAGGACAUGGAAACUGUUUUCAGUCAAAUUUACUACUCAUUGAAUAUUUUCUAAAAAUGGUUAAAUGAUCACAUAUAGCCGAUUUCUAUAAUGACAGGUUGAAUUCUCCUAAACUAAUACUAAAUCAGUUUAGCAUGUUACAGGAGGGUGAUUGAUGUGACAUUAUUUUAAACAUGAUUCGGCAAAGUCACCAGGUUAGCACAGCUUAAUGAGAAGCUCAGCUACAAAAGUAUUGGCACAGAGGUUUGUCGCUCAGUGCCAGGGCUGAAAAAUCCUAUCUUAAAUCCUAGCUUAAAUCCUAGCUUAGAUUACCGUUUUUGGGAUCUUUCAAAAGGGUGUUGUUCAUUUUUUUCAAAGGUCUGACAUCCCAGUACAGCUUCAAAUGGUUGUAUGUGUGUAUUUUUGUGGACUUGGUAUGUAAUCUCAUGCCACUUUAUGUUGGAGUUGGAUCAUUUAAAAUGUGAAAUCAUCAUUAUGUGUGUUUAAAGACCAGGGAUAUCUUUGUGGAAACUCUUGAUUAUAAAUGUGUAUGCAGCAUACUGAAAUUGGCUUUGUUUGAUGGAAGAUGAUUAUUUAAUAAAAAAAAUCUUGGAUUUUC